GUAAUAGGAAGUUGUGCCAAGUACGAGAAGUGUCCAGUGCACACGCGAGCAACAGUCUUUAACAAUAUGUUGCUACAGACCAACGUCGUGAUUGUGAUCGCUCUGCUUUUCACCGGCUGCUAUGCGGCACCAGAAUGUACAAGGAGUGCCGAGUACUGCAAGGAUCGAUUAAUGCAUCCGGAUUUGGAGGAGACCAAGGGGCAGCAGCAACAGCAGGGACGUCGUGUGGAUGGUGAAGAGACGACUGCCUAUUGGCGUGAGCAUGGCAUCAACUUUGUCAAGGGAAAGCUAGGCGAGAAGCUGAACAAAGGCAAGGCUAAGAAUGUUAUCCUGUUUCUCGGAGAUGGCAUGGGUGUGACAACGACCUCGACGGCGCGAACUUUGCUGGGUGGCGAGGAAAAAUCGCUAUCCUUCGAGCUAUUCCCACACACUGGUCUCUCCAAGACCUACUCCGUGGAUCUAAUUGUACCCGAUUCGGCCUGCACAGCCACUGCUUACUUGUGUGGCGUUAAGGCACAGGAGGGCACCAUUGGUGUCAAUGGCUUCGUGCCGAGAACCGACUGCAAGGUCAUAUUGGAUAAGACCAACUACGUGGAUUCCAUUGCCAAGUGGGCCAUGGAUGCGGGCAAGUGGUCGGGUCUGGUGACCACCACCCGUGUGACGCAUGCCUCUCCAGCAGGUGUCUAUGCUCACACUGCCGAACGUGACUGGGAGAACGAUGCAGAGGUGGCGAAUGAUUGUGGCGCCAAGUCGGGAGUGGAGGAUAUCGCGUAUCAGUUGAUCAACGGCGAGGUUGGCAGCAAACUAAAACUGAUCCUUGGCGGUGGACGCAAAAAUUUUGUGGACAGCACUUUGGUCGAGUGGGGCAAGCGCAUAGAUGGCUUGAAUUUAAUUGAGCAGUUCAAGGCGGAGAGUACCAAGAAUGUUUAUGUUGACACAGAGCAAGAUCUGAUGGACUUGGACGUGACCCAGCCAGACCGAAUUCUAGGUCUCUUCCAGGACGAUCAUAUGCUGUACCACAUGGAGACCAACGAGAGUACCACACAACCCACCCUCGAGCAGAUGACACGUAAGGCCAUCGAAUACAUGAGUCAGAAUGAUGAGGGUUACUUUCUGUUCAUCGAGGGCGGUCGCAUCGAUCACGCGCACCAUGACAACUAUGCCCGCAUGGCCCUCGACGAGACCGUUGAGUUCUCCAAGGCGAUUGCGGCAGCCCGCGAACUCACCAACGAGGAGGACACCCUGCUCGUGGUCACAGCGGAUCACUCCCAUGCCUUUGCCUAUGCAGGCUAUGCGAAUCGCGGCACUGAUGUAUUUAGCAAAGCGCCUGUAAUUGGCAACGAUGGCAUACCGCACAUGAUUCUCAGCUAUGCGAACGGACCAAGCGCUGUGAAUUUCUAUAAGGCUGAGACAAAGGAACGCGUCGAUCCCACCACAGUCGUGACUGGGUCGCGGUACGAUGAGUUCCCAGCUGGUGUGCCACUGGACAGUGAAACCCAUGGGGGCGAUGAUGUCCUCGUCUAUGCUCUGGGUCCUUGGUCGCAUUUGUUUACGGGUGUCUAUGAGCAGAACACGAUACCCCAUAUGAUGGCAUACAGCGCCUGUCUCGGCGAUGGUUUAACCAUUUGCAGCCAAACUAAAUCAUGAAUCCUUGAGCGUGACUGAGACUCAUCACAAUUAAGUUUGUAGCCUAUUAAAAUCAGCGAUUGCACUUGAGAUGUUGUUGCUGGUGGGUGCACCUUUUGCACUUAUUCUUGACGCUCCUCUUGCCUGCUGUUUCUCCUUAUCAUUAUCCUUGACGUAUACUUAAUGCAAAUUGUAAAUUGAAUUAAAGAGAAUUUCUACAAAG